AGUAGAAAUUUAACUUCUCCGGAUGGCAUUGGUGCUAGUGGUUAACUGUUUUAUGCAAUUGUAUGCAGUUCGGAAGGAUUAAAUACUUGAAACUCCUAAUAUCAGCUAAUAUUAACAUUAGCUUUGUUUGACCAGACCAAUAGUUCAUCAUCACUUCAAAAUAAAAUGCUACACCAAGAGAAUCGACAUGAAUUGGCUCGAUUGAAAAAUAUUGUUGUAACUGUUUUACUUUCUUAAUGUAGACAAAUUAUGAAUAUUGUCCAUAUUUGCAUGAGUUAACACAGUGUAAAAUGUGUUAAAUGAAGCAAUCCUUAGGAGAAAUUUACUCGAAGAUAACUGCAAUCCUCGGUUUUCCACACCAGCCACACGAGGUGGUUUCUGAUCUCCUCGUAUCUUUAUGGAAAGAGUGUCAAGUUAAUCCUCGUUUUCUGUAAUAUGUUGAAGUGGAAUACUCCAUUAUUGUGGUUCGCCUCUGUGUCCUGAUCAUGCCGUUUCUCUGAUUUAGAGCUUUGUAACCAAUCGUUGAGGAGAAGGCGGGAGGAGAAACGGAGAGGUGGGGCGGGGCGCAGGGCUGGCUGGUUAUUUUAGUUUUAUCCCCCCCCACACACACACACACACACACAGCACCACGACAGAUCCCCGCCACUUGUGUGUGGGCUGCAGCGAAGCGACGCUCCAAACGCGGCAGGAUCAGGUUAAAAAACCCCCCGACUCAUAUCGAUCUGCAGAUGAACCACGAGUUCACAGCGCGAACGUAAAGCUUCCUCCUCUGCCCUCCUCCUGCUUGAUGCCUGAGUUGUCUCGUUUUGUGGCCUGACUGAGAAGACCAACCUCCUUUAACUGCAUUGCCUCUGCGUCUGCUGGCUUUUGGCUCCUCAUUCUCCUCCUGUUACUGGCGGCUACCGUGUUGUGAAAGUGUGUGUUGUUGUUGUUGUUGUUGUUUGCAAAAAAAAAAAAAAAAAAACGGAGGGAAGAGAGUGGACCGACCUGACCGAAGUUGUUUUUCUUUCUUUCUUUUUGGAUUUUUCUCCCCCUUCUGUUAAAGCUGCCUUCUUCUGAAAGAAUCUCUGCUCUGUUCUGUAACUCAUGAAAUCAAGGAACUGAGGUGCGGGAUUUGUUUCCAUGCUCAGGAGUGGAUCUUACUGGAGGAAGCAGGGAGAAGAUGAAGUUGAGUAGUUUAAGUGGCCUUUGGUGCAUAAUCUGAGAUGAGAUAGACGACCUGCAUCUGCAACGUUGGCUGAAACCAUCCCGUCAGAGUGGARCAUUUUCUAUGGGCAACACAUUAAGCUCAGGAUGAGGUGCAUUUGUGACUUUUUGAACUGCACCUAAGAGAAAGAGGGGGGGUCCCUCUGUACAUCCUGCUUCCACAGGAAGAGACGCUUUUUCCCCCCCCCCCCCUUUUGCUGUCAAACGAAUUUAGGGUUGUUGCAUCAAAGUGAACACUGGGAAAACAAAGGAAGCUGAUUUCCUUUCGCAUCCUCCGUUUCACUCGCUUAAAAARCAUUCGACAGAUCGAGUGAAAAUGAAGAAGUUUCGGAAGGUGCUGGACGGUUUGACCACCUCCUCUCCGGGGGGGACUAUGGGSUCCCCAUCGUGCGGCAGCGCGGCUGGGACUCCCACCGCGGCGCCAACUCCCAAGGAAAUCGACGUCCAGGAGACGCUGGUGUCGGAAAACUUUCAGCUGUGUAAGACGGUUCGGCAUGGAUUCCCGUACCAACCCACAUCUUUGGCCUUUGACCCCGUGCAGAAGAUCCUGGCCAUUGGUUCAAGAUCAGGUGGUGUACGAAUACUGGGCCGACCAGGUGUGGACUGCUACUGUCAACAUGAGAGCGGAGCAGCUGUUCUUCAACUUCAGUUCCUCAUCAAUGAGGGGGCGCUGGUCACAGCCUGUGCAGACGACACACUCCACCUGUGGAAUCUGCGCCAGAGACGACCAGCAGUCUUGCAUUCACUCAAAUUCAACAGAGAGAGGAUCACCUUUUGCCACCUGCCCUUUCAGAGUAAAUGGCUGUACGUGGGGACGGAGCGUGGAAACACACACAUCGUCAACAUUGAGUCUUUUAUUUUGUCUGGAUAUGUUAUCAUGUGGAACAAGGCCAUAGAACUAUCAACUAAAACUCACCCAGGUCCUGUAGUUCAUCUGAGUGACAGCCCAAAGGACGAAGGAAAGCUGCUUAUAGGAUUUGAGGGUGGAACCAUUGUGCAGUGGGACCUCCGGGCCAAGAAGGCUGACUUCAGAAUCUACUAUGAUGAGGCUAUCCAUUCAGUCAGUUGGCAUCAUGAAGGGAAGCAGUUUAUGUGCAGUCACUCGGAUGGCAGCCUGACGCUAUGGAACCUCAGAAACACUACCAAGCCAUUCCAGGUCACCUUUCCUCACGGAAAGAUACAGAAGGAUGGGAGAAAGGAGUCAUGCAAACCUAUACUCAAAGUGGAGUACAAGACCUCAAGGAGCAGCGAGCCUUUUGUUAUCUUCUCUGGUGGUCUUUCAUACGACAAGGCAGGACGGCGGCCAGCUUUAACCAUCAUGCAUGGCAAGGCCAUCACGGUUCUAGAAAUGGACUAUCCUAUUGUAGAGUUCAUGGUCCUCUGCGAAACUCCGUACAACAACGGUACAACUUUCCCUCAGCUCUUCCGGGUCCCUCCUGGCUAUCAGUCAGACUUGGUCAUCCAGCUGCUGUGGGUGGACGGUGAACCACCACAGCAAAUCACCAGUCUGGACCUCAAUUCUGCAUAUGGACUAUUGGCGUUUGGGAACUGUAACGGUCUUGCAGUGGUUGACUACUUACAAAAAACUGUUAUAUUGUGCAUUUCGACACUGGAUCUAUACGGAGCCACCGAUCCAUAUCAGCGCCUUACUCGUUCCCCCCGUAGGAACAGGCAGUCCACCUCAGAGCAUUGCAUGCGCGGCCUGUCAAACUUUUAUUCAGAUUCAAAGAAAAGGAUCCGUACAUCCUAUCAGAGCCUUACUGAACUCACUGACAACCAGCAGUCCAUAGACAUGGAAAGAAGCAAGUCGCCCACUUCAGAUCAUGUCAAUGGACAUUGCACUAGUCCCACCUCUCAGCCCUGCUCGGCGGGGAAGCCUCGCAUUCCAAUGGGUCCUGAAGGGCCACGGCUAACCCGCAGAGGCCCUGGCCGACCACCCUUCCGAAAGGCCCAGUCUGCUGCUUGCAUGGAGAUCUCUUUGCCUGUGUCCCACACUGAAGGGCAUGCAUCAAGGAGGGCAAUGCUUCAGCAGUUACACGGAGUCACUAUGUACUCCCAUGACGAGCACCACACCACCGCCGCGUACUGCUGGAACGAGAGAGGUAAGGGGGCUUCGGCAGACACACAAACACACCUACCGCUGUCCUGCUGACUUGUUUGCGUCCGUCCGUCAGUCAGAAUGUCAACUCGUCUUGUGGCCCUGUGUCAUCUGAACAUGCCUUCWGCUGCGUCAUCUUGUCUUGGACGGUGUACGAACUGGGUGGGUCAUGUCAUCUUUAUAGAAGAGCAGCUAAAUCUUUCACAGGCCUUUUGCUUGGUACUGAUUUUAUGGUCAAGGGAGAUCUCCUCUUUUUGUUUCGUCUUAGGUUGUGUUUAAUCAACAAGGRGAGCUUAGGUAUUCUGGGAUUUAAAUAUCAAAUGUUCAACAUGUCUUCAAUAAAAGCACUUUGGAAAAAUAUUCGUAACCCUUGACCUUUUCCACAUUUUGUCCCGUUACCACCAGAACACAUCAUUGUAUUUUGCUGUGUUUUACAUAGUGCAACAAAACAAAGUUGCACAUGAUUGUGAAAUGAAAGGAAACAGUUUUUCAAACUUUUUUUUUUUUGUUUCUUUUAUSAAAAAAGUUAAAUCUGCAGAGUGAAACUGGUUUGAAAACCAUAUAAGCUUUUUCUUCAAUAAGUAUUAAUGAUUUUGUGUUGGCCUGACACAAAAUCUUGASAAAAUGCAUUGAUGUUCUUGGUUUGAAUUGGACAAAAUGUGGUAAAGGUUUAAGGAAUAAAAUACUUUUUAAUGGCGCUGGUAGUACAAAUUUAUGUAAAAGAUAAUUGGAUUGGAUAUUUUCCCAUCACAAUACUGUAAAGUGCU